CCUCACUGCACAGCCCUGCUCUGAAAGCGUGCUACGGUUCGUGCUUCUUUUGGAUCGGGUUCCAAAGCAGUCACGUGAUGAUGUGCCCAAACGAUUUACCGCAGGCGUCACUGGUCACGUGUUUAUGGCAGAAAGAAUUAAGCGCCCAAACAAAGUGUACCAAAGUAGUGUUUUUUGUUGUUGUUUUUUUUGGGACACACACCUCGGCGAGCCAGUAUUAAGGGUGACAUUACAGCAUACUGACUCUCACAUAACAUCAUUAGGUAAGCGGUUAUUUGUCUUAUUUCGAUUGUGCAAGCUCGCUUUCCUGGGUAGCUGAGAACAUAACAAAAUAAAGUAGCCAGGAGCUAAAGCUAGCAGUGGAUCUGAGUCCAACCAUUCUACACCGUUCUUAUUUGUUCACUAGAUAAACACCUAAUGGACACACCAGGUCGGAUCCCUGCAGCUCGGCUGGCUGGACCAGGUCAGAUAACCGACUACCUUUACAUCAGCAACGGCAAGACGGCCAAAGACAGCUCGGUAUUAACUCGCCUCAAAAUCAGCUGCAUCAUUAACGCUACACAGGAGAUGGACGCGAUUUGCAUUCCUUCUGUUGAAUAUCUUCAGGUGCCUGUCUCAGACUCUCCUGCAGCCCAACUCCAAGAACAUUUCGACACAGUUGCAGAUAAGAUACAUGCCGUUAGAGCGCAGCGCGGUCGGGUGCUGGUGCACUGCUGUGCAGGCGUGAGCCGCUCCGCCACGCUUUGUCUCGCCUACCUCGUGAAAUAUCGCGAUAUGUCGCUAAUGGACGCGCACACACUGGUCAGGGCGUGCAGGCCCAUCAUUCGACCUAACAGCGGUUUCUGGAAACAGCUGAUUGAUUACGAGCGCAGUUUACGUGGAGCGAAUUCUGUAAUGAUGGUGGCUUCACCCUUGGGACAAAUUCCGGACUUGUAUGAGAAGUACACUAAAGAUUUGAUACCACUUUAAAACUGACAUGGCCUCUAAAUGCCACCUGAUGAAACACGUGAUCAGUGUGAACCUCUAUAAUGUAGCCUAUUUUAUGUCUAGAGCCCCUGAACAUUUUAGGCAAUUCAGUGAUGUUUUACAAAAAAAAAAAAAAAAGCAACAACAAUUAGGUGAUAUGAAGAUGCAUUCAUUCAUUCAUUCAUUCUCUUUUAUUUCCCGAGUAUUUUUGUAGUUUGUUUAUUUUACCAAAAGAUGGCAGAUGUGAAUCAUCACAUGGUUUUUCUGGUUUAACUUACAUUUCAAGUAUGCUUGUAUUUAGAUUAACUAUGUAACAUUUUCUGUCAUAUAUUCCCUGAAACAGUUGAAAAACACAGCUGUUUUCAAAUUCAGCUCCUGUUUUUUGUCCUUUGUGUCUGAGAUACUUAACCAGUAGCCUAGUAAAGGUGAGGUCAGUGAUCCACUAGUGAGAACACUGAGUUAUAUAGUGAAGUUCUCAUAUUCCAGAGGAUGUUCAGAGGUGUCCAAUUUUAUGGUUGCACAAUGUCUCUGACUUUGGGAGGUCUCGCAGCUAAAACGGCAGGUCAGAUCAGUCCUGCUCUCAUGAAGACCAAAGAACUGCGCAUGAUUGUUAGGAGGCAAAAAGAUGAAGAAGGUUAUUAAAUCAUUGGCAAAGCUUUGAACCUCCUUAGGAGCACUGCAAAAGCUAUUAUAACAAAGUGAGGAAAAAAUAUGGCAUAAUCCAGUCGCUACCAUGAUCACGCCAAACUGAAUGCUUGGGAGGAAGGGCAAUUGUCAGUAAAGUGUCCAAGAGUCCAGCUACAACACUGAAGGGGUUACAGAGCUCACUGGCUGAAAUAGGAGAACCUGUGCAGACCUCAACAACAUCAUCAGCUCUUCAAAGAUCCGGACUUUGUGGAAGAGUGGCCAGAGGAAGCCACUUCUGAGAAAACGUGACAGAAUUUGGAACAAAGAUUUUGUGGUCUGAUGAGACUAAAUUUGAGCCAUUUGGUCUAAAGACAAAGUGUUAUGUUUGGCACAAAAAGCAAAUACAGUCAGCUGUGCCCCACAGUGAAUCAGCUGUCUUUAGUUCCUAUUUGUUCUUGGAGCAUUUUGCCUUCAGUUUUGCCUUCAGCACAUGAAAUACAUGCUCAAUUGGAUUCAGGUGAGGUGACUGACUUGGCCAUUGCAGAACUUUCCACUUCUUUGCCUUAAAAAAGUCCUUUGAGAUUUUGAAGUAGGCUUUGGGGUCAUUGUCCGUCUGCACUGUGAACCACCAUCCAAUGAGUUUUGAAGCAUUUGGCUGAAUCUGAGCAGACAGUAUAGCCUUAUACACUUCAUACAGAACUCAUCCUGCUGCUUUUGUCAGCAUCACAUCGUCAAUAAAUACAAGGGAUCCAGUUCCAUUGGCAGCGAUACAUGCCCACUCCAUAAGAUGAGGUGGUAUCCUCCAACUCAUGAGCAGUUCCAUCUCUUCUCCAUACUUCAGUUAAAUUCAAUUCAAUUUUAUUUUAUUAGCACUUUUAAUAAUGGACAUUGUCAAAAAAGAAGAUUUAUAGAAAUAUCUAAAUUCCAUAUGUAAAUUUUAAAUUAUUUUAUACUCUAAUCUGGUCUUCCUGUUUCUGAUUCCUGUAUUCACUCUGGUGAAUGACUCUGGAGAGUGUUCUUGAUCUGGCCAUCUGUUGUGAAGGUUUUUUGUUUGUUUGUUUGUUUGUUUGUUUGUUUUUGUUUUUAAUCCUGGGCUCAUUUUACUGUUUGUGUGGAGACCAAGUGGGUUUCCAAAAAAAUUGCCAAAUUUUUGUGCAUAUGUGUGUGUGUGUGUGUGUGUGUGGGCGCGUGCACGUGGUACCCUGCGACUGAAUGGCAUCCCGUCUACAGUGUGUGUCACCCAGUGUUCCCAGGAUUGGCUCCUGAUCCCCUACUACCCUGACCAGAUGAAUAAAUAUAUUAUAUUAUAAUUAUACUGUAUUAAUAAAAGAAUAUUUUAUAUUA